GUCAUUAUUUUGUAAAACUGAAAGUAAAAUAUUUUUGUAAUGUUUGGAUUAAUUGUAAUUCCCUGAAUUAUUGUUACUAGACCAGGAAAUAAAUAUUUAUAAACACUUUUGAAAACGAUUGUAUUAUGAAUUUUGUAAAAAAAAGAAAAAGAAAAUAUUUUAUAUUAUGAGACGAAAUUGAAUGAAUUGAAAAGAAGAGAAGAUCUCGGGAGUACCGAAGAUAAUCUCUUUUCGCGUGGAAUCUCUAGUUCACUUUUACGUGUGUACUCGUAGUGAGUAGUCGUACAGUGCAACAGUGACCAGCCUUAUCUAUAUCAUUAAGCUUAUCAUCAACUGUGCCGAAUGAAAAAAUUCAGGACUUGGAUUGUAGUACUUUUCAACGAAAAGAAUUGCAUUCAAAAUGUUCCACUGAGUUGGUUCAUUGCCAAAAACGGAUCACAGGCUGGGAGAUGUUGGUAUCCUUACAGCAAAAAUGAGUUUCUGAGCUCUAAAAUUCAUUUUAAUAAUGAUCAAAUUACUAAAAUGAUAUCAAAAAAAUACAAUCCAAACAAUAGUGAUGGGACCUGGUUUAUUUCAGAAAAGAUUGCUGGCCCAUUUGACAAAGAAAUUGAUUCAAGAAAAGUUGCUAAAGAAUGGUCGGGUACUUCAAAUGAUUGUGAAAAUGAAAGUAACUGUCCAAUUAAUGAUACUGAUUAUGCAGAGAGUGAUGAUAGUAAUUCAUCUAUUAUUACAAAUGUUAGAAACCGAAAAAAAUCAAAAAGAUACUCCUCAAAAUCUUUUAUCACUCAAAAACAAACAUUGCAAUUUCCAUGUCCCCCUAAAAAAAAAUUAAAGGGCAAUAUAGAAUCUCAAAACAAAAAAAGAAAAAUAUGUUUACAAGCAGAUCAUUCAUCAGAGCUCAUCACUGGUGAUACUACCAAUGACUAUUCUAUAGCUGUAGAAUCAUCACAGAUGGCUGCAGAAUCAGAAGACAUGAAGCUACUAGAAGUUUUAAACAAUAGUGAUGACUUGAGCAUGUCAGAGUUCAAAGAUGAACAUUUUUGUACAGAUUCUAUUGAAGAUACUCAUUCUAACAUAAAUCAACCGAUAAUUAUUGCAAUUCCUUCUCAAAAUUUGCAUGAUGACAAAACAGUAGAUAAAAACACUAUGCCAAAUAAUCAAGCAGAAUUUGUAGAAACAACACAUGUUUUGCCAGAUAAUUUGAAUGACACCUCAUGUUGCUGUAGUCUGAUCAAGGAUCUUAUUAAAAAACAAGAACAGUGUUUUAUUCAACAGAUUAUGACAAAUUCGAAUCAGGUUAAAAUAUGCAAUUACUUAGAAAACCUUGAUAAGAAAAUUAAUAAAUUAUUGGAGAGUGACAAAAGGACACAAAACUUAUCUUAUCCGCUUCCUAAACUUCCUGCCCCGUUUCUUGAAUUAAUACCCAUAUCAAGUAUGGCCAAUUUAGAAGCUGUUGAAAAACUUUUAACUCCAGACUACAACUUUGGUCACAACGCUGAAGAAUUUAAAAAUUUUUUGUUGCUUAAAGUGGCUACCAUUAAAAAUUUUAGUACAUGUACGAGAACAGCAUUUGAUUUUUGUAUGACACGAGAAAUGGCCGCAAAUUUUAGUUUUUGUGGCAAAACUAAACAAGCUUUUAAUAAGCUUCACAUUUUUAAAGUACUUCGUGAUGCUAUGUCUGGCCAAAUCAUAAUACCUGAACACGAAAAAACAUUUAACAAAAUAAUAGCUAAUAUUUUAAAGCAUUCUGGCAAUAAUAAAGCAUCACAGCAAUAAAAUCCUUUUUUUUUUUUUAUUAUUCAAUCAACAUUUCAUUUUUUUGUAAAUGAUUUUUAAAAUUUAUUUACUUAGAUUAUUUCACAGUUUUUUUUAUUAAUAGUAAAAACAAAAUAUAGCAUUUAGGAAUCAAUAUAAAAACAGUAAAAAAAAAAACAUGGUAAUCUUAUGCCAUCUUAUUGAAUGCUACUUAUGUGUUUUACUUCUUUUGUUAUACUUAUGGCAAUGAUUUUCAUUUAUUCAAUUUCAUGGAAAUUAAAUUAAAAUUACUAAUUGUUUUUAUAACCACAGUAAUAUUUUUUGUUAUAUCAACUAUUGCAAUUUCACAAUUUUCUGUACUAAUAUUAACUAUAUAUUUCUUGUCUAAACUGUAUAACACCUUAGUGAUUAACUUAUUAUGAUAAAAAAUUUUUAUUGGAUUUUUUUGAUAUAUAUUGUACAACAAUAAAUCAAACUGAGUUACAGUAAAUAAAUGGCUGACAUUGCUAACAUCAUUAUUUUUAUUUAAAAUUAACUAUUGUUAUUAAUUUAUAUUAAUUAUAAUCAAAUUGUAUGAAUGAAUUGUUUACUAAUUAUCAUUUAAUAUAAAAUAAACCUAAAAUUCGAAGGUUAACUAUUUUAUUUUAUAUUUACAUAUAAUAUAUUUUAUUUUAUACAUUGUGUAUAUAGUAAUACAAUUUAUUAUUUUAAAAUUAUAAAAUGUUUGAAUAUUUACAAAACCUAUAAAUUUAAUUUUAAAUACCGUAACUGCUAAUGAACUAAUGAACGCUUAAUGAACCGUCGUAGAGCUUGCUUUUAUUGAACUAAUGAACGAUUAUUGAACUGUUAUCGAGGGUUUUAUAGUUGAACCGAGGAACGGUCUUUGAACUCUUACUGAACUUUUGUAGAACUCGGUUCACCCCAUGUUAAAAUCCGUAUUCAAAUCUCAUUUUGAACCGUGCUGUGAACGGGUUUUGAACUGAGUUCAGCACCGUUGUUACUAUAUUAAAUGAACCCAGUAUGAACUCGAAUUGCUACUCGGGUUUGAAUCCCUCUUGUGGCCAGGAAACGGGUUAGAUUUAUAAAAAAAAACCAAAUAAUAAAA